AUGGCCUCCUCGUCUCUCCGAGUCCAUGUCCUCCGAGUCAGACCGGGUCAGGACCUUGUCCAGUCUCUGAAGGACCUGGUCUCUGAGUCUGGACUCAGGGCUCCGUUCAUCCUCAGCUGUGUGGGCAGCGUGACAUCAGUGCGUCUGAGGCUCGCCAGCGCCACGGCGGCAGAACCAAACCAGGUCUUGGAUCUCUCUGGUCCCUUUGAGAUCCUGUCUCUGGUUGGGACCUUGAACCCUGAGGCUCACCUGCACCUGUGUGUGGGAGACUCCAUUGGGCGCUGUGUAGGAGGACACGUGCUGGGGCCACUUCCUGUUCUGACCACAGCUGAGGUGGUGGUGGGAGAGGCCCCUGCGCUCUGCUUCAGCCGGCACCCAGACCCUCAGACCGGGUUCAACGAGCUGGUGGUGGAGGACCGGGACCAGGACCAGGACUGA